AAAACGAGCCGCGCGUGGAGUUUCGUAUUCAAUUGUAAUUCGCAGAGUUUCGCGCUAUGAUGAAGGGCUAUUUGUGUGUGCUGACAGCCUUGGCUGUCUUCGGCUGGCAAUUGCAGCUGGCCAACAGCAGCUGUAAUUUGUGCCAGCCGAGCAACGAUGUGGCCUGCAUCAAUCAGACUGCAUACCGGAUGUGCUUUGGCCAGGAGACGCCCAGCCAGGCUCAAAUCUUCAAUUGCCCCGACGGCCUGGUCUGCACGGAUAAGCCGCAAAUCUGUUUUCAACGCUCCGAAACGCCAGCCAGCUGCGGCGACACCGACAGCUGCGGCCGUUGCAAUGCGAACAAUGUUUUUGCCUGCACCUCACGUACCACAUUCGCCUUUUGUUUUGGCGCCACAACGCCCACCACUGAGAAUGGCACCUGCCCCGCCGGACGCUUCUGUGACGCCUCCAGCGCGGACAUUUGUGUCACAAAAACGACACCCAAUUCGAUAAUCUGUCAUUUGGAUUAAGUAAAGCGAUUUUCACAGUCCAUCUGAGUGGCUUUUGUCUUCAAUAAUUUAAUGGGAGCUGUGCAUUUGCGAAAGAAAACAGAAUUCAAUUAAAAGCAAA